AUGGACCCCCAUGUGGUGGCUGAGCUUACCAAGCUGAAGGAUGACAAGCAACUGCCCAUCAACACCAAAUGGGCCAAGUUGAAGGAAACCAUGGUCCAAGCAGGUUUGGCAUGGCCAAGGACAGAGGUCCCCAGCCAAGUGUUGUGCCACCCAAAGAAUAGAGCAGGCAUCAUGCUCAAUGCAUGGGAUGUGCAUGCCAAGGGUGCCAAGAUGCUUGAAUUGGGUAUUGCCAUGAACAAGAUCCAAGAAAGUGUUGCCUUUGAGGUGUCGACCAAAGGCAGCACCAAGCAGCAACAGCUCCAGGCCAACAUUCAACUAGUGGAGUCCUCCCACAACCAACUGGCACCAGUAACUGGCCAAGAGAGAUUGCUCAGCUGCUCCAGCAGCCAUUUAGUCGCCUUCUGCAGAGCAGUUCUCCAUGGGUGCCAAACCCAGGAGCCAAGUCUCAAGGCCAAAACCAAUGGCCAGUUGAGUUUGGCUGCUUUGGCCAACAGCCAAGAUGGUUUGGUGACCAUGUGUGAGCAAGGGUGGACAUGGUUGGUGGUGUCCAGUCUGGUUGAAGAGGCCUUCCCAGACCUGCCAACUUUGGUCCAACAGGCCUUGAACACCACUCAGGCAGUCAGCCAAGGCCAAGGCGAAUGUGAGACCAUGCUCACCAUUGCCACCCACUACCAGCAUGGCCAAGACAGCAAUGGCUCAGGAGACAUGGCCCAAGCCAUUCAACUGGCAGCCAGCAGCCAGCCAGAGGGAAGCAACUACAUGCAGACCAUGGGCUACUAUGUCCAAAACUUCAGUGGUGGUGUUGGCUGGCCAUUGCUCCACCUGCUCCAGCACAUCAGCAAGCAGUUCAGCACCACUUUGAAGCUGGGGGAAGAGUAUUUCUCCACAGUGGCCUACCUGGACUUCAAGGAGAAAAGCUCCAGCAUGCCCUGGGUGUGGGCUGCACUCUUGGCAGCCAAUUUGUCUGCACCAAGGUCAAUUGAUGGCAUUGCCAAAUGUUUGACCAAGGCAAACUGUGAAAAAUUGAAGUCCAAGCACCAAAAGGCUCUGGUCAUUCAAUGUGAAUCCAUGUUGGCCAUGAACUAG